AUGAGAUUGGCCGUAGUAGAAUGGAAUCGCCAAAAUAUUAGUGGAAUAACAGGCUUUAUGUCUAUAUCCUGUUGGGUCGUUGUAUUUCUUCCUCAAAUUUAUGAGAAUUUUAUUAGGAAGUCAUCAGAAGGUUUAUCUUUGUUAUUUAUAGUAUUAUGGUUAAUAGGGGAUAUCUUCAAUUGGUUAGGCGCCAUUAAACAAAGAUUAUUAAGCACGAUGAUUAUAUUAGCCGCCUAUUAUACUAUAGCAGAUAUAAUACUUUGGUUUCAAUGUAUUUGGUACCAAGAACGAGAUUCUCUAUUCAAAACACUUGCUGUCAAAAACAGUAAUGGUAAUACUGAAGAAGGCAGUAAUUAUGAGAAUGAGCCGCUUUUAAAUUCGUUACAUUCCAUCGAAAGGGCCUUGACUAUUCCAGAUUUGGAACAUGGUAGUCAAGAUUUUACUUAUGACAAUAAUAAGAAGCUACGAAAUAACGGUAACUUAACAAUCCAUAACUUCUUAAUUGUAAACUCGGUGAUAUUUUCAGGUUUUCUUUCAUGGUAUAUCCAGUAUUGCUCAACUUUACCCCCUAGGCGAGAUACAGCAUCUUCAGUGUCACCAAAAGCCUCAACAACAGUACCAAGAUUGGAAAUGGAUCUAAUGGCACAAAUCUUCGGUUAUUUGAGUGCCGUCUUAUAUUUAGGUUCAAGGGUCCCACAAAUCUUAUUGAAUUUUAAAAGAAAAUCAUGUGAUGGUGUCUCUUUUCUUUUCUUCUUAUUUGCAUGUUUGGGUAAUACAUUAUUUAUCAUUUCAGUUUUAGUUGUUUCAUUGGAUCCAAGAUACUUAUUAGUUAACGCGUCAUGGUUAAUCGGGAGUUCCGGAACCUUGCUUUUAGAUUUGACUAUUUUCAUCCAGUUUUUCAUAUUUGGUGAUGGCCAAGAAAAUAGUAAACGUACUACUGCUGAAGAGGAAGAAGAGUAUGAAGAUGCUACUAAUUUUACAAGUAUGAACACACAAAAGAUAACUAAUUUAAUUCAUGAUGAAGAGAAUUAA